AUGUCGAUAUCCCCUCUGAUCACCUUCAAGGCCGGCAAGUGCGACGUCGAUACCAGCUCAGACCCUUGGAAGGUCAAGGCCGUGUCGACGCCCGGCUACAUCUACCUCUACAUCGGCGAUGAGCUUUGCCACUUCUGCUGGCGCCCGCGGUCGGCGUCGGUCAACGACCCUGAGCUUGACCUGCUCAUGAUUCCCGGCGACGGCUCGUUUGUUCCCUACACCGGCAAGGAGGACAACUCCGACUCCGACAACCUCAAAUCCCCGACCGACGGCCGUGUCUUCGUCCUCAAGUUCUCCUCCAGCUCGCAACGUCAUCUCUUCUGGCUGCAGUCCAAGAGCCAGCACCCCAGCGGCAAUGCCAGCUGGUUCAGCCCGAGAGACUUGAAGAUUGGCCAGAUUGUCGACAUGCUGCUCUCCGGCGAGGAGAUCGACGUUCAGGAUGAGCUACGCCAGGUCCAGAACCCUCGUAGCGGGGAUGACGACGAGACAAUGGAAGAUGCUCCGGGCAACGAGCAUCAUGGUCAGGGCAGUGGCGGCGCUGGUGCCGGCGCUACCGGUGGAGAUGUUAGGGAAGAAGGCGAGGAGGCUCGUGAGGGAGGUGCUGACGGAGCUAGAGCGCAGAACGAUGCGUCAGCAAUCGUUCAAAACUUCCUCAACUCCCUCAACUCCGGCGGCGGUGGCGGUGCAUCUCUGUCACAGGCCCGGCCCAACCUGUUCACGACGCUCGCCGAUCUUCUUUCGUCCUCCAACACUAUCCCCGUAAUCGAGUCUGGCGAUACCGCUUUCAUCGAUGCGCUUCUCUCGAACCUGCCUCCCGCUAUCCUCCUCCUCUCUCAAGAAGCAGCCGACCUCUCCGACGCCGACCCCAACUCCGAGACUGUCCAGGCUGCCAUCCAGGCGCUCAACAUAUCGCAGAAGAAGGACAUCCUCAAGCGUGUUCUUCGCUCGCCGCAGUUACACCAGAGCUUGGCUAGCUUGACGGUGGCUCUGAGGGACGGUGGGUUGCCAAGCGUCAGCGAGGCCUUGAAAAUCAAGGUUGAGAACGGAGGCUACGUGCGCCACAGCGGCGUUCCCCUGGAUGGCGGUAAUGCAGUGGAAGCAUUCCUUAAGGGCGUCAAGAAGACGGCGGAAGACGAAGAAAAGCAGGGUGGAUCGGGAAGGAUGGAUGUUGACUAA